AUGGUGGAUUUUAAUUCCUUAAACCCUCUCAAGGCUACUAAACGGCACACACAAUAUUCAGGUAUAUCUGCCCAGGAGGAGCCGCCUCAAGAGUAUGAUAGUGAGAAGUAUGGGCACCAUGAAGAAUCCGACGACGAAGAUUCGGACUAUUCUUCCUAUCCAUCAUCACCUUCCUCCUCGAGAGAGACAUCGAAUCCAUACCACUCCAAUGCUCCGAUAUUACGAAAAAGAGCUAACACGGCUACCCAACGACCAAGCCCGCGAAGACUACCUCCCAAAGUCAUGAGGUAUCUAUGUUUAGCCAUGAUAUCUACAAUAGUUAUAUUUAUGUUGAGUUUAAUUCGCAUGAGCCAUCUGUCAACCCAAAAGGUUCAAGAUGGCCAUGUAUUAGUGCCACCGCCUCCACUUUGGGAGUCGUUUCCAUUUUUAUCGCGAUAUUACGGUGGAAUAAGGACGUUGGUACCGCUUUCUGAUAACAAACCAGAGUAUCCUCGCGAAGAGGAUGAGUUACCUCUGCAAAAUCAGACCCCGACUGAGAAAAUGGUCACACCCGUGCGCAGCCUUCCAGCCAGUAAACCAUUUCAGCCAUAUACCAAUAUUACAUCCGGUGUUUUCAAUGACGAUUAUGCACCUGUCCAGGAGUGUUUCCUCAAUCGCGAGAAUACUGUGCGUGCGCCAAGACUACAAUAUUACGAAGGCAGACCAAGCGGAUUCCCAGAUCAUAUUAUGGGCUCUUAUGAAGUUCUUGGUUUACCAGAAGAUAUUUGUUUCGAACGAUAUGGCAGAUUAGGACCUUAUGGUUAUGGAUAUGGCUUGCGAUAUGGGGGUACUGGAACAGGUCAACAUGGAGAGAUGGAGGGCUCUGAUGCCGUCUGGGCAGACAACUCAAACGCUGAGAAGAUGCAUUCUGGCCAGGUUGACUACCGAAAGGUUGAUUGGGCUGAUGCUCAGAGGAGAUGCCAUCAAAGAAAUGCGGCACGCUUUCAACCAAUUGAACCAGUCAUUAAAAAGCCCACUACCUUUUCAACCGUUACUGAGCAGCAAGAUAGCCAUUUACUCGCCAGGGAUGAAUCAGUCAAUCCCGUCCUCAAUACUACUUCCAGUACAGUUGAUACCACCUCGAAAGUAGUUGCAACGCCACCCAAAAAAUUCCUUCCGCGAACUGCGUUUGUCAUUCGACUCUGGGACGAAUAUCAGUGGCGAGAAGAGGACAUUAUGGCGUUGAGAGCAUUGAUAUCCGAGAUUUCCAUUGGUUCAGGUGGCCAAUACGAUGUUCAUCUCUUGGUUCAAGUCAAGGAUCCCGCUGUACAUCCUGUCUUCGCUGAUGAAGAAACAUAUCAACAGCAUUUGAAAGAUUGUCUACCCGCAGAAUUCGCAGGAAUCGCCACAUUUUGGAGCGAAACCGAAAUGCUUAUGCUUUACCAAGGCUUAUUUGACACCUUCGCUCGAGGCCUACCGGUUCAUGGAUCUUACCGGGGACUUCAGAUGGGAAUGCAAUGGUUUGCUCACAACCAUCAAGAGUAUGAUUUCUUUUGGGAAUGGGAGGUUGAUAUUCGAUACACCGGACAUUGGUAUGACUUCCUAUCAAAAAUUGAUUCCUGGACAAGGGAGCAACCCCGAAAAGGACUGUGGGAGCGCAAUAGUAGAUUUUAUGUUCCGGAAGUUCAUGGUACAUGGGAAGAUUUCAAACAAAUGGUCCGUGUACAGACCGAGAUUGGAACUGAAAGCCCGAACAAUAUGUGGGCUGGCAUAAACGGUCAAAAGGGUCAAAAAGGCGGACCAGUACGGAAAGGCGAGAAGCCAAUCUGGGGACCUGAAAGACCUUCGAACAUGGAUGAUUGGUUUGAAACUGAGAACGAUCCUGUUCCUCCAACUAGCUACGACAAGGACAAGUACACUUGGGGUGUUGGUGAGGAUGCCGACCUUAUUGUUUUCAAUCCGCUUUUUGAUCCAGAUGGAACUACCUGGCUUCUUGCAGAGGAUGUCACAGGCUACAACCUUACUGGAGGUUUGCCACCCCGCCGGGCGACUAUCAUUGCAGCAUCUAGGAUGUCUCGCAAGCUCCUCAAUACUAUGCAUCGUGAAACCACAUUCAUGAAGCAUCAUGCUUUUACGGAAAUGUGGGCUCCAACAACAGCGUUGCACCAUGGUUAUAAAGCAGUCUCUGUUCCUCAUCCACUGUUUGUUGAUCGUGAAUGGCCAAUUGAAUACCUUGCAAGCAUUAUGAACGGCGGGAGGAAUGGUGCAACUGGUGGAGCGAGAACCUCUGUGUUUGGUGACCGUGAACAUAACCUCCGAGGAUUGACUUGGUUCUACAACACUGGAUUCGCACCCAAUCUGUGGCGAAGGUGGCUUGGCUUCAAGGUUGACAAUGAGGGAGGUGAAGAAUUUGAAACGACUGCUAAUGAGGGCGGGGAAGGCCGAAUGUGCUUACCGCCUAUGUUAUUACAUCCCGUGAAGGGUGUAGAAAUACCGGUGGAAGGAUUACCUCGUCUAAAUGAGGAAGAGUUGCCAGAAAGUGACCCGACGGCUUGA